AUUUGAUACUACAGCUUAGGAAAAUGCCCUCUCUACUUCUUUCACUAACUCUACUACUAUUUCUUUCCUUCCCUUCCACAAAAUGUCAACCCAUAAGAUCAUCCCCCCGCCUUCUUGAUCUUCUCAUCAGGGACUAUACCUUCCAGUCCUACCACCACAGGCCCUUCAAAACCGGGAAACUCCACCCUAUACGCCUCCCCGCUAACUUCACAGAUAUUGUUGUUGAUUCCGUCCGGUUCCGAUGCGACAGCCUCGGAAGGUAUGGCGCCCACGUGAAGGAGUUCCAAAUCUCACCCGGUUCGACGUUCCAGCGUUGCUCAAAGCGGCUGCUCUUAGUGAGGCAAAUGCUUGGACCCAAAUGGUCAAACAUAUACUAUGACAACUUUGACUUGUCAGGGUAUACCCUCAUUUCUCCUAUAUUAGGAUUGCUCGCGUACAACGCGACCGAUGACAACGACAACGUUAACAAUAACGAUAACUCUCGUACAACGUUUCAGGUCGAAAUUAUUCAAAUGGUGCACGAGAAACAACCGAUCACCAUUGACUUCAGUUACACACCGUUGACGGGAUCGCCUCCCGAAACCAUACCCUUGUGCGCCAUCUUCGGGCACGAUGGUAAGGUGAAGUUAGCGAAUAUGGUGUUGGGAGACCACGGCAGCGUAUGCGUGGCUCAACAAAUGGGUCAUUUCGGGCUCGUGAUCGAGUCGCCGUUGAUGCCAUUGAAGGAUAAGAAGGUGAGGAGAUGGAGGAUGGUGAUUGGGAGCUCUGUUGGGGUUGCAUUAGGCGCUUUCCUCAUUGGGUUGCUUCUGGUUGCCAUUUUCGUGAAGGCGAAAAACAAGGCGAGAAAAGAGGACUUGAUAAGGAGGGCUUAUGAAGAGGAAGCUUUGCAGGUUUCCAUGGUUGGACUUGGGCAUGUUAGAGCUCACAGUGCAACUGAUCGACAUUAUUAGAACUAUUCCAACGUAACACAAUUCUGGAGCAGGAGUUUAUGGCUGGUAGUUCAUCAGCUUCUUGAUUCUUGAAUUUCCCUUAACUUAUUUUUUUUCCCUGUCUUUGAUCUACCACUAUAUUUUUUAUUGUAUGAUAGUUUUUUUGUGGAAUAUGUUUCCAGGAUGAAAUUUUGUUAGCUAUUUUUUCACACGAGUUACGUUAAAGAUACAACAAAAGGUGAAAAACGAGUUAAACAUUAUAUUUUUUCAAAUAUAUUUACAAUAUCGAGCACUCUAGUAUGGAUCUUGAGCCUCUGCCUUGCUUUUGAGCAAGGCAUACUACACGGCAUUUGAGAACCGUCUGAUCAAAACUUCAACAGCAUGAGAUUUCGAGGUCCAGAUCUCGAUUCUCGAGAGCACAGGGCACAGGAUCCCAAUCCCUCAUAGUGCACCGGGGAGAUCCCUUUAUCCUUUUAUCAUCCUUAUCUUUCAUUUACGGAUAGCGAAAAGACCUCAUUAUUUAGGUAAUUAACGGUCUUAGUUCUCAAGAAUGUGACAUUUUAAAUAUUGUUGUAUCAUUUCAUUAGCUUUAUCAUGGAAUAGAAAAAAUUACGGAGUACAAGAUAAAGAGGCCUAAUGUCCAUAUAUAUUCAUGCAUUGAGCUUAAAUUCUGUAGCAG